AUGGCGCCAAAGACUGAGAAGAAGUCGCGCAGCACCAUCAACGAGGUCGUGACUCGUGAAUUCACCAUCCACGUUCACCGCAGAAUAAAGGGAAUCGGAGCCAAGAAACGCGCUCCACGUGCCAUCGAUGAGAUCAGAAAGUUCGCUAAGAUACAAAUGAAGACUCAAGAUGUCCGAAUUGACACCAAACUUAACAAAUUCAUCUGGUCCAAGGGAAUCAAGAAUGUCCCAUACAGAGUUCGUGUCCGUCUCUCCCGUCGCCGUAACGAGGAUGAGGACUCAGCCCACAAGCUCUACACCCUCUGCACCUACGUCCCAUGCGCCAACUUCAAGGCACUCACCAACGUCAACGUUGACAGUGAGGAAUAA